CUAGCGUUAGCUAGCUAGUCGGAGUUCACUGAAAGUUUCCGUUUCUGCACACAUGUUGUCGCAGCAGUUGUUUACGUCUCAGCUUCCCAGCAGAAACACAUUUAUCUCACUAAAGAUUUUUCUAUAAUUUGCUUUUGUUUUUAAAAAUAGUUUAUUAAUAUUAUGGUAAAAUUUGUAAAUAUUGAGUACUGUUCUAUAAAUUCCCUGUUUUACUAAAAUACCGCGAGUAAAGAAGUGUAAUGUGAAUUUUAACGUUAGCGUUAAAAAAGAGUUUUGUUUAGUAGAUGAAAGCAUUAAUCUGUGUGACAUAUCUAAGUGCAGUUAAACUCAAACAUGAAUUAUAACGGUUCUGUCGACGAAGAGCGCUCGCCCAUGUUCCUUCGCUGGCUGAACUCCUUCAGACCCUCUUUCCGUCCUCGAGGCCAGUCAGCGCUUCGUUGGCCCCACACCAGGAGCAGCACUGCCUUUUCCUCCUGCAACCUCCCACAGUUCAUCCCUGCUCCUCAACCAUGGUGGUCUGUACAGAGGUUUCCACCCUGCCCCCCUCGACUCCCCCGCCCCCACCCAUUUGCCCAUCAGGUCGGCUGUAGCAGGACUUUAGGCCCUUUUAACCUGAGGGCUGCUAGUUUUAGUUCAUUUCACACCACUGCAGCUCAAAUGAUGGAGCAUCCUGACCAAGAGCCCCCAAAUAAACGGAGGAAAAAUGGAGGACAUGAAGGAGGAGCAGCACCCAGAGAAAAAAGAAGCAAGCCGAAGAAGGGAGUUUCCAAGAGGGAGCAGCAUCAGCUGGAGCUGGGAAAGGACAGCAGCGUCCGAACGAAGGUCUGUUUUAAAGUCGGGAGUCAGGGAGCAAAGAACAAAAAUGCAAACACUUUCAGCAAAAAGAAGGAUGUAAAGAGGGCUAGAAAUAAGAAUAAAAACAAAAAAAGAAAAAGCAGCAGAUACAGGAAUCUAAUCCCCAAAUCCGGACCAGAGCGGGACCCAGUUUCAGAACCGAAACCGACGACAGCAGAGGAGGGAGGCCUUGAGAGGAAAAACACUGGACCGAACGAGCAGCCGAAGCAGGCAGGUGGGAUGUUGGAACGUUCCCAAUCCAACGCCCCAAACCAGAGGCAGACAGGCCAAGCCACUCCCAGAAUCCCGCGGGCCCCUGAACCAGCAGCUCUUCAGAGGCGAUGGGAGACCUGCAGUACUCUGCCACAUCCACCAGGGGGCAGCACAGCGUUUGACUUCUCAGUGAUGUCCUACAACGUCCUGUCUCAGGAGCUGCUGCACGAGAAUUCCUACUUGUACCAGCACUGCCACCCCUGCUUCCUGCCCUGGGAAUACCGGCUUCCCAACCUGCUGGCCGAGAUCCGGCAUCAUGACGCUGAUAUCCUGUGUCUGCAGGAGGUCCAGGAGGACCACUUCCAGAACCAGAUCAAACCGGCUCUGCAGGCUUCAGGUUAUCAGUGUGAGUUUAAGAAGCGGACCGGACUGAAACCGGACGGUUGUGCCGUGAUCUUUAAAUCCUCCCGCUUCUCCCUCCUCUCCUCGACUCCCGUGGAGUUCUUCCGACCAGGCGACUCGCUGCUGGACCGGGACAACGUGGGUCUGGUCGUGCUCCUGCAGCCCAACAACGGCGGCGCCCAGCCCGAUCCUGCCUCGUCAAUCUGUGUCGCCAACACGCACCUCCUCUACAACCCGCGCCGCGGCGACAUCAAGCUGGCCCAGCUGGCCAUCCUAUUGGCUGAGAUCGAACAGAUGUCCCGCCUCCCUGACGGGUCCACCUGCCCGGUUCUGCUCUGUGGGGAUUUUAACUCGGUACCGUGGAGUCCGCUGUACCAGUUCCUGACCACCGGCUGCCUGAAAUACCGAGGGAUGCAGAUCGGCUCGGUGUCGGGUCAGGAGGCCACUCCCAAAGGGCAGCGCCUCCUCACGUCUCCAAUCUGGUCCCAAAGUUUAGGAAUCACUCAUCAGUGUCGAUACGAGAGCCGGCAGAGCGAGGAGUCCUGCGCCGCCAGCCCCACAGCCGUGGAGGGAGGGAUCUCUAAUCUGACCGUGGAAGACCCCGCUAACAAAGCUGCAGCUGCUUUUAACAGCUUGAGGAUUGAACACAGCCUGAACCUUCAGUCGUCCCAUCUGCACCGCCUGAUGCCCGACGGCCGACUGGAGAUCACCACGUGUCACUCCCGCACCGCCCUGACGGUGGAUUACAUCUUCUACAGCCCAGGUUCACUUCCUCAUGGGCGGGGCCUCCAGCUGCUGGGAAGGCUGUCACUGGUUGGCCAUUCGGAGCUGAAGCAGGUCAACUUUCUGCCCAAUCAGCACCACUCAUCUGAUCAUCUUCCCCUCCUCGCCAGCUUCUGCCUCCACAGUUAGCCGUGAUGCUAACGGCCGAGCAACAGGUGGAUUCGGUGAACUCUCUCUCUCUUUCUCUCUCUCUCUCGCUCACUUGCUCACAUUAAACACCGACUGGGCAUAAAAGUUUGUUUUAGCUUUAAUAACCAUCUGGGCUGGAUCUGAAUCGGUUUGAGAUCCAAUCAAAGAAAAGCGAAAAGCUUGAAUGUGCUCCAACUAAACCAGCAUAAAAUUUAACCAAAUGUUGGAAAAAGUUGUUUUAAAUAGAUUUUACUAAACUUUCUUGUUUUCACUUUUAAACAGAAACAAAUGUGCAGACAUGAUUCUCAGAGGGUUUUAUGCAGCGAAACGUUUUUCUGUCACUUCACAGAAAUUCUGUUUAUCAUAAAAACAAAAGCAAAUCCGACUCGUUUUGGUUAUUUUUCAUCUUUAGGCAUCAUAAAUAACAAGUUAGCCGUUUAUUGGUUAAAGUCUCUCCUGCUGUUUCCUUCACCCAUCAGUCAUGGAGCUGAAACUAAGAAGAUUUAUCUGAAUUAAACUCUUGUACACAAGAAAUAAUUUACAAAAUAAAAUCAUUUGUACAAAACAAAGCUUUGCAGAGAUGUUCAGUUUCUACGCUCUGGAACCGGUCAGUUGUUUGUUUAGUUUUUUAAUAAAAAUUUUUUUUAUAAA